GGGCCGCUGCCCUGCCGCCCGAGGAUGCCGUCGCCCGACGACGAGGACCGCGAGCGUCGCCGGAGCCGCCGGAGGGACCUUCUGCUGAGCCAGCUCUGCUUCCUGGCCUUGGUGGCGCUGCUGCUCUGGUCGCUGUCGAGCAUGCAAGAGCAUAAUGACCUCGACUUCAUGGACCUCCUAGGAGAAGACCGACAGUGGACGGUGGGGAGGAAGUUAAUGCAGGUGAAUGACACUCUGACUUCAGAAGAUGCAGGACUCCGAAGCAGUAAGAACUGCACCGAACCAGCCCUGCACGAAUUCCCCAAUGACAUCUUCACCAAUGAGGAUCGAAGACAGGGGGCGGUGGUUCUCCACGUGCUCUGUGCCAUGUACAUGUUCUAUGCGCUAGCCAUUGUGUGUGACGACUUCUUCGUCCCCUCCUUGGAAAAGAUCUGUGAGCGCCUGCACCUCAGUGAAGACGUGGCCGGGGCCACGUUCAUGGCAGCAGGCAGUUCGGCCCCAGAGCUGUUCACAUCCGUCAUAGGGGUCUUCAUCACCAAGGGUGACGUGGGAGUCGGGACCAUCGUGGGCUCCGCGGUGUUCAACAUCCUGUGCAUCAUCGGUGUCUGUGGGCUCUUUGCUGGGCAGGUUGUGGCUCUUUCCUCCUGGUGCCUGCUGAGGGAUUCAAUCUACUACACGCUGUCUGUGGUGGCACUCAUCGUGUUCAUUUAUGACGAACAAGUUUCCUGGUGGGAGUCUUUAGUCCUCGUGCUGAUGUAUCUCAUCUAUAUCGUCAUCAUGAACACGGGAGCAAGCAUGGGAGACAUGGCCGUGUCCAACUCUAUUGGGAGCAACGUGUUUGAUAUCCUCAUCGGCCUUGGUCUCCCAUGGGCCCUGCAGACUCUGGCUGUGGAUUAUGGAUCCUACAUUCGGCUAAACAGCAGAGGACUCAUCUACUCCGUGGGCUUACUCCUGGCCUCCGUCUUUGUCACGGUAGGGCUAUAG